AUGCUCAUCUAUCCGUUGUUCAUCACAGACAAUCCUGACGAGGAGACCGCAAUUCCUUCAUUGCCUAAUCAACACCGCCGUGGAAUCAAUCGCCUGGUUCCGUUUCUUGCCCCCCUUGUUCGGAAGGGGCUGCGCUCGGUCAUGCUGUUUGGUGUUCCACUCCACCCAUCCGCCAAAGAUGCAUUGGGAACCGCUGCAGACGAUCCCGAUGGUCCUGUAAUUCAAGCCAUUCGUCUUCUCCGAUCUCGUUUCCCUCAGCUUUAUAUCACAACCGAUGUAUGCCUCUGCGAGUAUACGUCGCACGGUCACUGUGGUAUCUUACGAGAAGAUGGAACCCUUGACAAUGCGCAAUCCGUGGAUCGGAUCUCCGAUGUAGCUAUUGCCUACGCGGCGGCUGGAGCUCACUGCGUGGCCCCAUCAGACAUGAAUGACGGAAGAAUCCGGGCUAUCAAGCUCAAGUUGAUUGAAGCUGGUGUGGCACACCGUGUACUUUUGAUGUCUUACAGCGCCAAAUUCAGUGGCUGCUUAUAUGGGCCAUUCCGUGAUGCGGCUGGCUCCUGUCCCUCAUUCGGGGAUCGUCGGUGCUACCAGCUUCCCCCAGGCGGCCGCGGUCUUGCCCGACGUGCGAUACAGAGAGAUAUGGCUGAAGGUGCAGAUAUUAUCAUGGUGAAGCCAGCCAGCAGCUACCUUGAUAUCAUCCGGGAUGCCAAGGAUUUGGCGCCAGAUCUUCCAGUAGCCGCCUACCAGGUCAGUGGUGAAUUUGCAAUGAUUCAUGCCGCUGCCAAGGCCGGUGUCUUCAAUCUCAAGGAUAUGGCCUUUGAAAGCACCGAAGGCAUCUUGAGAGCCGGCGCUGGGAUUGUGAUCAGUUACUUUGUUCCAGAAUUCCUCGACUGGCUUUAG